AUGCACGACAGCCAGAACUCGUCUUUUCGAAUUCACGACCAUUACCGUCCGAGCGCGUCGUUGCCAUCUAAUUCCACCUCACCUGGUGUUGCCGUUGCCGUCUCGCCGUCUUGGGCUAUACAUUCGUACACAUCGUCUAAUAAUCCGCCCGCUUCCGUACCAAUUAAUUCUGGGCCUACUAAUAAUCAUUAUCGCGACCCGUCGAGAUCUGCGUCUUCAUCGUCCCCCUCGCUAAACGCCUAUCAUCAUCAGAAGUCUCCAGGGCCCCGACCCCGACUCCCUCGAACUUCUUCACUCCUCCCUCCGCCCCAUAUCGAACCUUCACCACGAGCUGUGACUUUCGAGAGAUCCGAUCGCUUAUCUCCCACUACUCCUGGGCACAGAAUCCCCCACAACGCCGCCGACAGUUCGUGGCUUUUGAAUAGCCUGUCCUCACCUGCGUCGAUUAAUUUCAGUCGUAUUUCGGCGCUACCUCCCCACGUUAAUCAUCCGCGACUUGGUGGCCGUCGCCCCAGUAUCGAUGCGACUACUCCCAUUGACAACUCUCCACCGCCUUCCAAACCGUCGCCCAGGAAACUCCAAAAACACCGACGCAACGCCUCCUCCGUUUCUAACUUUGACGGCUCUGCGUCGCGUGCUCGAGAAGAACGAAGUCAAUUCCCCCAAUCUCUACCGCUGAUCGUCGCAUUAUCACCCUUGGAACCACCCCCAGCUCUGGACGAUUUCCUCAACGUAAAAUCCGAAGGGGCUGGCCCUGGCUCUGGUUCGAGUGAGCCUGGGCGAUCGACCGUCGCUCGCCAGGAGGGACAGUCCCUGAAGCGUUCCAAGACUCCAGACUCGCAAGUUCAGUCCACGACAUCGACCCCAGCAAGUGCGCGCUCAAUGGGUACCUACAGACCCAAUAUGCCCUACGACCAAGACCAAGAGGCGUAUCCGCCUCAGAGAGGCCAUUCCAGAAAUCCCUCUGGCAAGGGGAGUGCUGACAAAGGGCGCGGACCCAAGCCUCCAUCUCAAAAGGCUAUGCUACAUCGCGCAUUACAAAAGGCAAAUACGGCAGUACAGUUAGAUAAUGCGCAGAACUUUAAGGGGGCACGGGAGGCUUAUGCAGAAGCCUGUGAUCUUCUGCAGCAAGUGUUGCAGAAGACGACUGCUGAUGAGGACAAACGUAAACUUGAAGCAAUUCGAGGCACUUAUACUAGUCGAAUUGACGAGCUGGAUCAAAUGGCUCCUUGGCAAGAAGAAGAAACCAAGGCUCUGCCAGCCCGACCCGAAAGUCUAGCUCAGCGGUCCGAAACUGAAUCCAUGCUACAAUUGGACGACGAUGAUGAUCUUGACGAAACCACUGUCUUCGAUACUGCGACUGCGACCACUACGAGAAUAGACAACCGCAGUCCACAGCCCCGGUUAAUUAGCCCCCCGCCCCAAGACGAAAAUACAGUCUUCAAGAGACGAAGCGCGCAGAACAAACCUAAUCCAAUUGUUACGACUUUGACUCCUGAGCCAGGGCUUCUGCAGUCGUCUUUCUCGCGAUCACCUGUGCGCCUUCGAACUCCUGACCAUCUACUCCCGCAGCGAUCUGCGGCAGACCAAUAUAUGCCGGCUCCUUUGUCUCCAAGGCGCGCUCCAUCACCAUUCAAACCUGAAGUGGAUGAUGUGAAUGAGCCUGUACGAUCAGAUUUCUCGAUGCGCCAUGACCAAACGGCUGACUCGGUGCCCGAACCUAAUGUAUUGCACACUCAUUUCCGUGAAGACAGCAUGAACUCUUGGUUGGACCCCAUUGACGAAUCAGGGGGCUCAACUACAUCUUCUGUCCACUCACGGACAUCGUCACUUGGUUUUAGAAGGAAGCAUAUUCGGAACGUCAGCGGAGAGACUGAGGCAGAAUUUGAUACAGCGAUGGAUGAGGCUAUUGAAGCAGCUUACGAGCCAAUGAGUCCAAUGGAGAACGGACACAUGAUGUCAGUGGACGGGGGUGAAGACGUAGUGGCCAAUGCCAUGCGCAAAGUUGAACUCGCCCGUCAGAAAGUGAGAGAAACCGAACAAGAGCUUUAUGAUAUGGAAAGAGAUUCCCGAGCUCAACAUUUUUACCAGUCCUCUUACACAGAGUACGAGGAAACCAACGACUUUUACAACGACAACUCUUCGGACGAAGAAGAGAGAAUUCUUGACGAAAUUGCUCGUGACUAUGGUCUUGAGUCUUACAGACAUCAACCUGCGCCACCUAGGGAAUCCGGCUCUAGUGGCGCGACUUCGCGUACCUGGCAUAGCUCACAGGGAUCAAAUCCUCCCACAGGAGCCACCUCACUCUCGACUGUUACAGAACUGCCACCUCCUUUUACAAACAUAUCACAGGGACCAGCUGCUCCUCCGCCGACAGGAUCACUCCCUGAAUUGCCUCAACGACCUGGGUCAUCUGCACAAAGCGUACGCAACAGGAGGCUUUCAGGGCAGAACCCAAAGCAGCUCAAGAUUGAGACAUCUAAACUCAAUCUUCCUAUCCAGCAUGCCAAUGACUCGGUUCAUGCCAGAUCAGCUCAUAUUGGCAACCAGGAAUCAGAGCAUCAGGCCGACAAUGAUAUGAAGACCACGAACGCGCCUUAUAGACACCCUUCGCCACCAUUAUUCGAGGCUAGUCCAACAGAUACGACGGCAGUCCGACCCGCAGCAUCACCAUUUGGUCAGCUGGGUUCAGAAAAGGGUGACGAUGAUAUUACCGGAUCGCCGAAUGCACGCAAGUUAAGAAACAACUUUUCAUCAUCUAGUCUGAGAAGUAUGAAGAGCCGCAACAUGUCUUUGACACAUCUUGAGGAAAACUCAGAUGUAUCUCCCGGUACUCCCGGAAGCAAUCCCUUUGGAUCUCUGAAUGCUCCUUCGGUUCCAGCAUUACCUACGCCUCUAGCAGCCUCAUUCCGUGAGCGAUCAGAUACGAAUGCAGCCGGGCUUUCUUUGUUUGAAGACUUUUUUCACUCCCCGACGAGCACGAGCUCGCCGAGUCCCCUUUAUCCUGAUGCUCCGGCUCCUUUAGAGCCCUGUCCCACAGAUUUCAUGCUUCGACCUUUUUGGCUCAUGCGAUGCCUUUACCAGACUCUGGCUCAUCCCAAAGGCGGGUAUCUUAGCAGCAAACUCUUUGUUUCCCGGGAUGUUUGGAGGGUGAAGGGAGUAAAGCUUAAGAACAUUGAAGACAAAGUGGCCAAUUGUGAUUUUCUCACAGCCGCUCUACUCAAAAUAGCACGAGUUGAUACCUACGACGCUGAUGCCGUUCUGGAAGAGAUGCAGUCCCUAGAAAGCAUCCUUGAGCAGGUCCAAACAGCCCUUACCCGCAAACUUGGCAACGAAGUGGGUGUACAGGGAUCGGGGUCUCUUUUCAAGGACGCAUCCACUGGCGACGGCGAUGCAUCCACGGGUGUACCACGCUCAGCCAGCGUUAGUGGAAAAUCAUCGUUCUCGUGGCGACGCUUGCGGUCCAAGAACUCGGCUGUGGGACUUGGUAGCGCAUACGCGAACCGUAAUGUUGUUGAUACCAAUAAGGAGAUCCCCAGUCUUGCUAGUCUGCCAAUGACACCAAACCCGACAACUCGCCCAACGAAGCGGGAUCUGACGCAAGUCGACUUUACGGGACCCAACGCGAUGUACAUGAGCUCAUUGGCACGCCUGUUUGACGCAGCUCAGGCUAUCGAUCAAAUAGCUAGACAAGUAGAAGACCCUGGGUUGCGACACGCCGACAAGACACAAGUCGGGCUUGAGCUUUGUACUCGGCAUGCAGCUGAGUUUUUCGGAUUCUACGUAUGUCGAACACUGCUACGUACCGCACCACGAUUUGUCCCAGCCUUUCGCGCAUACGCUUCCUCCAAUACGAAACCUACCCCAGCCGAACUCGAGGCUCGGAUUGCUGCGAUUCCGAUUGAAAGAUACCGAAACUUUUGUAUUGUUGCGCAUAUCGACCAUGGAAAGAGUACCCUGAGCGAUCGAUUACUGGAAUACACAGGGACCAUCUCGGCUAGCGAUGCGAACAAACAGAUUCUGGAUAAACUCGAUGUUGAGCGUGAGCGCGGCAUCACUGUCAAGGCGCAGACAUGCACCAUGAUUCACAAGUACAAGGGCGAAGACUACCUGCUUCAUCUAGUCGAUACACCUGGCCAUGUCGAUUUCAGAGCAGAGGUUACGAGAUCUUAUGCCAGUUGUGGUGGUGCACUGCUUCUUGUCGAUGCAUCACAGGGUAUCCAGGCGCAGACAGUGUCCAACUUUCACCUCGCAUUUGCGCAGGAUCUUGCGCUGGUGCCGGUUGUGAACAAGAUUGACAUGCCUGCUGCCGAUGUCCCUCGUGUACUACAGCAAAUGGAAGAUACCUUUGAGUUGGAUCCUAAAAGUGCCGUUUUGCUGAGUGCCAAGACUGGCAAGGGCGUGCCAGAUGUUUUGCCUGCUGUCAUUGAGCGUAUUCCUCACCCUGUCGGCGAUGAGAAGAAGCCGCUGAAGAUGAUGUUGGUGGAUUCAUGGUACGACAACUUCCGUGGCGUCGUGCUGUUAGUCAGACUGUUUGACGGUACUAUCAAGGCCGGCGACAGUGUCAUUUCCAUGGGUACUGGUAUGAAGUAUACUGUUGGCCAAGUGGGUAUACAGUAUCCUCAUGCCAUACCACAAAAAACCCUUAGUGCUGGUCAAGUCGGAUACGUCUACUUCAACCCAGGCAUGAAGAAGAUCCAAGACGCGAAGCUUGGCGACACAUUUACCUUUCUUGGCUGUGAAGACAAGGUCGAACCCUACCCAGGCUUCGAAGAGCCCAAGCCCAUGGUCUUUGUCGCCGCCUUCCCCACUGACCAAAGCGACUACAGCCGUCUGGCCGACAGCAUCGGCCAGCUCGUGCUGAACGACCGUAGCGUGACUUUGCAGAAGGACCACUCCGAGGCGCUCGGAGCGGGUUGGCGUUUGGGAUUUCUGGGGAGCUUGCACUGCUCUGUGUUUCAGGAUCGUUUGAGACAGGAACACGGGCGAAGUGUCAUCCUAACGGAGCCGACCGUCCCGUCCAAAAUCGUCUGGCCCGACGGAACGGAGGAGAUUGUGUCGAACCCGGCUCUGUUUCCGGAGACGAGCAACCCGAAAGUUAAACAGUCUCAACUGUUUGAGCCUUAUGUAACGGCUACCAUUACUAUGCCAGAGGAGUAUCUCGGCCGAGUGAUUGAGCUAUGCGAAGCCAACCGUGGAGAACAGAAGAGCCUCGAGUUCUUCCACACAACGCAGGUCAUUCUGCGGUAUCAUAUUCCAACAGCUCAAUUGGUCGAUGAUCUCUUUGGAAAGCUCAAGAGCGUUACUAAGGGAUAUGCCACACUAGACUACGAAGAUUCAGGUUGGCAACAGAGCAGUUUGGUCAAAAUUCAGCUCCUAGUGAACAGGCAACCUGUUGAUGCUAUUUGCAAGGUUGUGCAUUCAUCUCAGGUUGACCGUCUCGGAAAGCAGUGGGUGACAAAGUUCAAGGAACAUGUUGACCGACAACAUUUUGAGGUUGUUAUUCAAGCCACAGCGGGCAAUCGCAUCGUAGCACGAGAAACCAUCAAGCCGUUCCGCAAGGAUGUGCUAGCCAAGCUUCAUGCUGCUGAUGUGUCACGAAGAAGGAAGCUGCUGGAGAAGCAAAAAGAAGGAAGAAAGAGGCUACGUGCUGUGGGCAACGUCGUUAUUGAUCAGUCAGCUUUUCAAAGUUUCAUGUCCAGAUGA